UGGCAGGACAAGGGCGGAGCCCGGCCUGGCUGAGCUCUGGUCGCAGUAGCCCAGCGCCCGGGACCUGGUGGAGGUAGCAGCGGCAGUGACAUGGCCUUCGCCUCCGAGGACAAUGUGUACCACAGCUCUAAUGCUGUCUACAGAGCCCCGAGCAGCCAUCACGAAGCUGACCAGGAAGCCCUGCUGGGGAAACUGCUGGACUACCCAGCCCCGGGCCUGCAGAGGCCAGAGGACCGCUUCAAUGGGGCCUAUAUCAUCUUCUUCAGCCUGGGGAUUGGGGGCCUACUGCCCUGGAACUUUUUUGUCACUGCCAAGGAGUACUGGGCCUUUAAACUCCGAAACUGCUCCAGCCCAGCGUCAGGGAAGGACCCUGAGGACGCAGAUAUCCUGAACUACUUUGAGAGCUACCUGGCGGUUGCCUCCACUGUGCCCUCCCUGCUGUGCCUGGUGGCUAACUUCCUGCUUGUCAACAGGGUCCAGGUGCAUGUCCGAGUUCUGGCUUCGCUGUCCGUCUCGGUGGCCAUUUUCAUGGUCAUGGUUGUGCUGGCGAAGGUGGAUACCUCCUCCUGGACACGAGGCUUCUUCAGCGUCGCCAUCGCCUGCAUGGCCAUCGUCAGCAGCUCCUCCACCAUCUUCAAUAGCAGCGUGUACGGCCUGACAGGCUCGUUCCCCAUGAGGAACGCCCAGGCACUGAUCUCAGGAGGAGCCAUGGGAGGGACAGUCAGCGCCGUGGCCUCGCUGGUGGACCUGGCAGCAUCCAAUGACGUGCGGGACAGUGCGCUAGCCUUCUUCCUCACCGCAGCGGUCUUCCUUGGGCUCUGUGUGGGGCUCUACCUGCUGCUGCCCCGACUGGAGUAUGCCAGGUACUACAUGAGGCCCGUUGUUCCAGUCCCAGUGUUUUCUGGUGAAGAGACCCCAUCCCAGGAUGCUCCCAGCACCUCCUCCGUGGCCCCUGCAUCCAGUGCGGCACACACACCGCCCCUCGGACCUAUCCUGAAGAAGACGGCUGGCCUCGGGUUCUGCAUGGUUUCCCUCUACACCGUCAGCGCCCUCAUCUUCCCCGCCAUCUCCACCAACAUCCAGUCCAUGCACAAGGGCACCGGCUCCCCCUGGACCACCAAGUUCUUCGUGCCCCUCACCGUCUUCCUCCUUUACAACUUUGCAGACCUCUGCGGCCGACAGGUCACAGCCUGGAUCCAGGCGCCAGGUCCUAGGAGCAAGCUUCUCCCCGUGCUGGCGCUCUCUCGGGUGUGCCUGGUGCCCCUCUUCUUGCUCUGUAACUACCAGCCGCGCUCACACCUGACUGUGGUGCUUUUCCAGUCCGACAUCUACCCUGUGCUCUUCACCUGCCUCUUGGGGCUCAGUAACGGUUACCUCAGCACUCUGGUGCUCAUCUACGGGCCCAAGAUUGUGCCCCGCGAGCUGGCUGAGGCCACCAGUGUAGUGAUGUUAUUCUAUAUGUCUGUGGGCUUGAUGCUGGGCUCGGCCUGUGCGGCCCUGCUUGAACACUUCAUCUAGGAGAGGCGGCGAGGAUGCGGGCACGGUGUGCGUGCGUGAGGCUUGGGUCCUUGGGAGAUAGACGGGGUGAGCCGAGGUCUCACGGUGUUAAGCAAGGGGUUGGCAUUUUGCUUGGUACAGAGCAGGGCCCAUUCAGAAUGCCUUUCUCUCGGACUGCUUGUGAGCCACAAUCCUUGCACAUCUUGUGCAAGGAGAGACAUUCCAGACACAGCCCAGUGGCUUAGACCUGUACUCCCAGCAUUCAAGGGGCUGAGCUGGAGGACUGCUGUGAGUUCAAGGCCAGCCUGGUGACAUUGAAACUAUUUCUCAAAAAAAAAAAAAAAAAGCUAAAAACAAAAAACCCCAAGACAUUCCAAACACUUCAAGAGAACAAACACUCCAGAGCCAAUUGCAGGACAAGGCUGUAGCCAGGAUAGUAGGAUAGUUGUUUAGCAUCCAUUCCCAGCACCGCAUAAACUUGGACAUGUUAGUGAAAGCCUGUAAUCCUAGCUCUUGAAAAGGGGGAAGCAGGGGGAUCAGAAAUUCAAGGUCAUCCUCAGCUCCAUAGGGAGUUUGAGGCUAGCCUAGGCUACAGGAGACACUGUCUCAAAAAUAAAAAAGAAAAGAAAAGAAAAAAAAGGCCCAGUUGUAAAGAGUGGGGUAUGUUACCUUCAUAGCUCAUAAGUGGCCUGUGUCUAACUUGUAAUUGUCACAAGACCAGAACCCAGCCUUACUCUUUCCAACUGACAGCGAGGUGGGUGAGAAUCUUCAGGGCUCCCUGUUUUGAAAGAGGCCCCUGGAUUUGAAGUCCCCUCUGACCUAGGGGCCAAGCACGCGCUGGUUCCUGGGUUCUGUGCAUGAGAGUAGGCUAACCAGCUGGAAACAAAGCCCCACAAGGCAGGCCUCCUAAGCCUUCCUCCCUGAGGCCUGGGCUCCCGAAGGCUCCCUUUGCCAGGGCCUGGGCCUGGCAGGCUUGGUCUCCAGAUGAAGACUGUAUGGCCUUGUGGUCUUCCUACAGCCUAUUUAGGGCAUGGGGAAGUCUUCUUAACAGUCAUGUUUACAGGUUGUUGGGGCCCCUGGUUCAAGGGCAGAAUAAAUACUGGGAUCCUCAA